CCCGGUCCGUCCGUCAUGUCGCUGCGGUUUUCGGAUGCGGAUUUCCAGGACGCAUGGAUGGAACUGGACACACCGCGGCUGGAGGGGGGGUGGGAGCUGUUCACCGAAACCAUGGGGGUCCAGAUCCACCGGCUCUACGACCAGGAAACUGGUCUGUAUGAGUAUAAGGUGUUUGGCGUCCUGUCAACCUGCACCCCAGAGCUGUGUGCAGACGUUUACAUGGACCUGGAAUAUCGAAAGAAAUGGGACGGAUAUGUGAAAGAGCUGUAUGAGAAGGACUUCGAUGGACAGAUGGCAAUUUACUGGGAGGUGAAAUACCCGUUUCCUUUGUCCAACAGGGAUUACGUCUACAUCAGAGAACGCCGCGACCUGGAUGUGGACGGGAGGAAGAUCUGGGUGAUCCUGGCCCGAAGUUCACCGGAGACGCCGUGUCCUGAGAGGAGCAACGUGCUGAGGGUUAAAGACUACAAACAGAGCGUUGCCAUGGAGACGGACGGCGGCUCAGGAACCAAAGUUUUCAUGAAUUACUUUGAUAAUCCUGGCGGAAAUAUUCCUACGUGGCUGGUGAACUGGGCAGCGAAGAGCGGCGUCCCAGGUUUUCUGAAGGACAUGCAGAACGCCUGCAGCAAAUACAAAACCUACUGCGACAAGAAGUGACCACAACCGCCGGGCGAUGCUUCAUCCUCAAGGGCUGUGACUGACCGGGGUUUGGUUUUUUGGGGGGGUUUCAGUGUCGUUUACUAGGCGGCUGGUCUUCAACAGAGCAUGACAUGGACUCAGGCAUGUGCAUGACGGAUGCUGUCAUAUGGAAUCAAUGUUUUCAGGUUAAUACGCGAUAAAAUCAGGGCUGGGUUUGAUCAUUUUAAUUUCUUAUCUUCAUUUUUUGCCAUAUAUGUGCAAUAAUAAGAAAAACUCCCAACAGAAACAGCACUUACAAGCACAUCCAUAUUGAAUAUUUUACAACAAAUCAACAUUUUUAGUCAAUAUUUUAGAUUUUUUAAAUUAAAUAAAUGAAACAUUGAUCUCUAGGCCAGUUAUUUCACUUAAUAAUCAUGUUACCUAAAUAAAAACUGGCAAAAGGAAACAAAUUUUGCAUGUAUUUUCACAUAGUUUGAGUAGAAACAUACACAUAUUUAUCUAUAGCCUCCUGAGAUUUUAUUCUCAUACAUUUUAAUUUCCUCCUAUGUGUGGAAAAUAAACACUAUACUACUGUUUACAGUUGUUAAAUUUGUGUAACAUAAAACUAUGCAAAAAAACAGCACUUGCAAGAAAAAUACAGCACCACCACAACAUUCAAUUUUUUUUUUCAACAAAUCAGCAAUUUUGAUUCAAUAUUUUUGAUUUCUUUUUGUUAUACAGAGGAAACAUUGAUCUCUAGGUCUGUCACAUAAUCAUAUUAUCACAAAUAUUUCACAUAAUAAUAAUGUCAGUUGUGUAAAAACGGGCUCAAAUAACAAAUUUUCCAUGUAUUUUCACAUAGUUCAAACAGAAAAAUACACAAAUUCAUCUGUAUCCUCCUGAGAUUUUAUUCUCAUGCAUUUUAAUUCCGUCCUAUUUGUGAAAAAAAUAACCCAAAACACUAUAGUACUGCUAAAAUUUGUCAAACUUGUGUAACAUGUAAAACUACACAAAAAACUAAAACACUUGCAAGGAAAAUAUAGCAUCACAGUCAAUAUUGUACAACAAAUCAACAUGUUUUUGUGUAAAUUUUUGAUUGAACAGGUGAAACACUAAUCUCUAGGUCUGUCAUAGUUAUUAUUUUCACUUAAUAAUCGUGGUACCUGAAUAAAUACUGAAUAAAUUAGCCUCAGUUGUAGAUGGAUUUGAGUUUGACACCGACGAUGAUUUUAGUCUCUAAUCUUCAUUUUACACUAUAUGUGAAACAAAAAAUCAACAAAAAUACCACAGUUGACAACAAAUCAUCAUUUUUGAUUCAAUAUUCUGGAAUCUGUAGGUCUGUCACAUUUGUUAUAAGCAUCAUAUUGCGAAUAUUUUACAUAAUAAUUGUGUCAAUUGUGUAAAACGGGCAGAAACAACAAAUUUUAGUGAAUGUAUUUUCACAUAGUUUGACUAGAAAAAUAUACAAAUUCAUUUAUAUCCUCCACAACUUUUAUUCUCAUACAUUUUAAUUUUGUCCUGUCUGGGAGA